AUGCAGGCAAUUAAGUGUGUUAUUGUGGGCGAUGGUGCUGUCGGUAAAAAAUGUCUCCUGAAAUCCUACACAACAAACAAAUUUCCAUCUGAGUAUGUACCAAAGGUUUUUGACAACUAUGCAGCCACUGUUAUGAUCGGUGGAGAGCCAUAUACUCUUGGACUUUUUGACACUUCAGGGCAAGAGGAUUAUGAAAGAUUACGGCCACUGAGUUACCCGCAAACAGAUGUAUUUCUAGUCUGUUUUUCAGUGGUCUCUCCAUCCUCAUUUGAACAUGUGAAAGAAAAGUGGGUGCCUGAGAUCACUCAUCACUGUCCAAAGACUCCUUUCUUACUUGUUGGGACCCAAAUUGAUCUCAGAGAUGACCCUUCUACUAUUGAGAAGCUUGCCAAGAACAAACAGAAGCCUAUUACUCCAGAGACUUCUGAAAAGCUGGCCCGUGACCUGAAAGCUUUCAAGUAUGUGGAGUGUUCUGCACUCACACAGAAAGGUCUAAAGAAUGUAUUUGAGGAAGCAAUAUUGGCUACCCUGGAGCCCCCAGAACUGAAGAAGAGCCACAAGUGUUUGCUGCUAUAA